AUGCCUCCAUUGCCCGACUCGCCUCCGCCCCUCCCCCCGCCCGUCCCAGUCGAAACCCAUCCCUACCGAGUCGUCGGUCAGUCUCCCGCGCAGCAGCGCGCCCUGCCCGACCCGACCCGCCUGGCCCCUGAAGACGCCUACUUCUCGCUGUCGCUGACACGCACGCGAUCGGCCGACGGGACCGGCACCGGCGACUACGAUGACUCGGUCGGCGUGUUGAACGGCGGCGCCGCGUCCGUGGCGGCUUUGCGACCGCCGCUGACAAAGGAUUCCCGUAAAGUGCGAGGGACCAGCAGACGCCGACGGAAGGGGGCGUGGAAGAAGCUUCUCUGGGUGAAGCAGUCUUAUCCUGAUAAUUACACCGACACCGAAACCUUCCUGGAUCAUCUCCAACGCAACCCGCGCGUGCGGCCCUACGAUUUUUGGCCCCUGGUCUCCGAUUCGACGGUCAUUGUGCAGCAUGUUUGCUCCGUCAUUAUAUUCGUGUGCUGUUUUGUCGGCAUCGUGCAGGGGCGCGUCAGCCCCGUUUCGGUCGUCUGCUGGGGCAGCGUCGGGUCGGCGUUUGGUUGGAUUCUCUGGGAUUCAUGGAUGGUACGCGAACAGGGGGAGGGGUUUCAGGGCGCAGAUGGGCCUUUGGAAGGAGAUGACGGGUCGAGUUCUAGCUCGACGACUAGCUCGGGGAAUCCGUCCGGGUGGGCGCACAGACAGAAGGACGGACAGGUGCAUGGGUUGGGGUUGACUAUGAAUGAAACGGCGGAUGGAGGGGACAGUACCCCGGAGCAGCAAUUCCAGCAGCCGCAGCAGACUGCUAGCCAAGCGACUGCGUUUGUCAAUCGGUUUGAAACUGGUAAAUCGUCGCUGCUGUCGGCGCGGAACCGCCAACGGCUGUCGACGGUGAAGUCGGCGUUUUUGAUCUACUGCGCCCUGUUGGGUCUCAGCCCGAUACUGAAAUCGUUGACCAAAUCUACGGCCAGUGACUCGAUCUGGACGCUGAGCUGCUGGCUGCUGAUGAUCAACAUCUUCUCGUUCGACUACGGCAGCGGAGAGGGCGCAGGGGCUACCAAUUUCCCAGCCUCGCUGUCUACGAAUGCGGCAGUGAUGGCGUCGACGGUGCUAGCCUCGCGCCUGCCGUCUACGACGCACGUAUUCAGUCUCAUGCUCUUCUCCAUGGAGGUGUUCGGAUUGUUCCCCAUCUUUCGCCGACAGCUUCGUCACAUCUCGUGGACGGGGCAUGUGUUCCUCACGCUCGUCCUGGUUAUUGUUGCGGGGGGUGCCGUGGGGAUCACGCUGCGCGGCGGAUGGAUGGCGGCUGUGGUAGGAUCGCUCCUGGGCAGCAUGCUGACGGCGUUAGCGAUGGGCGGGUGCAGCUGGUGGCUGAUCAGCCUACAGAAGUAUAAGAACGUGGUGAUCGGACCCUGGGAUCCAGCACGGCCGAUCAUUCGACGAUGGGACUGA